UGACGCGUUGCCACUGCGCGACUCCUCCAGGAUCAGAGCUAGAGCUGGAGUUUGUGCAGAUCUCAUGCAUCUGACCGAUGUCCUCUAAUGCACGCGGAGCCUGCGCGUUCGUUUGUCUAGUUUGCGUGUUUGUUUAUCUCAAGCGCUGAGAUCAAGAGAGCAGCACAGAAGUUUCCACUUCUCUACAGGAAUGUCCCAGAAGGAGAGACCCACUUUCUAUCGACAGGAGCUCAAUAAGACCAUAUGGGAGGUUCCGGAGCGCUACCAGAAUCUGUCCCCUGUGGGUUCUGGAGCUUAUGGAUCCGUGUGCUCCGCGUUAGACACAAAGACAGGCCUGAGGGUUGCAGUCAAGAAGCUGUCCCGGCCGUUCCAGUCCAUCAUCCACGCCAAGCGCACUUACAGAGAACUGCGGCUCCUCAAACACAUGAAACACGAGAAUGUAAUUGGUUUGCUAGAUGUUUUCACGCCCGCUACCUGUCUAGAAGGAUUUGAUGAUGUGUAUCUGGUGACGCACCUCAUGGGAGCAGACCUCAAUAAUAUCGUCAAGUGCCAGAAGCUGACAGAUGAUCACGUCCAGUUCCUCAUUUAUCAGAUCCUACGAGGAUUGAAGUAUAUUCACUCAGCAGACAUCAUCCACAGAGAUCUUAAACCCGGUAACUUGGCUGUAAAUGAAGACUGUGAACUUAAGAUUUUGGACUUUGGGCUGGCCCGGCUGACUGACGAUGAGAUGACGGGAUAUGUUGCCACCCGAUGGUACCGUGCCCCAGAGAUCAUGCUCAACUGGAUGCACUACAACAUGACAGUGGACAUCUGGUCGGUGGGCUGCAUAAUGGCUGAGCUCCUCACAGGACGGACCUUAUUUCCUGGCACUGAUCAUAUAAACCAGCUUCAGCAGAUAAUGCGCCUGACGGGAACCCCGCCAGACUCUCUAAUAAGCAGGAUGCCGAGCCACGAGGCGCAGAACUACAUCAGUUCCCUUGCUUAUAUGCCCAAGAGGAACUUUGCAGAUGUGUUUAUUGGUGCAAACCCAUUAGCGGUGGACCUGCUGGAGAAGAUGCUGGUUCUGGACACAGAUAAACGGAUCACUGCCUCGCAGGCUCUCGCGCACCCGUACUUCGCCCAGUACCACGACCCGGACGACGAGCCCGAGGCAGAGCCCUACGACCAGAGCUUCGAGAGUCGCGAACUGGACAUCGAAGAGUGGAAACAGCUCACGUAUGAGGAGGUGAUCAGCUUUGAGCCCCCCGUGUUCGAGGGGGACGGGAUGGAGUCAUGAAGGCUGCUCGACCUCCAGGACCUUCAUCCAUGCAGGAAAAUCACAUUCAAGUGCCUGCCAUCAUCAAGUGCUGGCUUUACAUCUGUUCUGAGCCUGCUUAUCCAUGCCUUCACACACACACACACAAAACACAAUGAGAAUGUAAGGUUUUGUGUUCUGUGACCCAGUAAUUUAAAGAGAUAGUUCACCCCAAGAUGAAAAAUCUUCCAAACCUGUGUGAGUUUCAUUCAUCUGAUGAGCACAAAAGCAUAUUUUGAAGAAUGUUGGUGUUUUUUUUUUUUAUGGCUACCAGCAUUCUUCAAUAUCUUGUUCGGCAGAAGAAACUCAUACAAGUUUGGAACGAUUUGAGGCUGAGAAAAUGACAACGUUUACAUUUUUGGGUGAAUUAACUACUAUUUUUUUUUCCUUUCUUUUUUUUUUUUUUGGCCAGAACACUUUCUCAUUAAAAAGCAAUCAGCAUUCUCACAACGUCAUAACAGCAUUUUAAGCUCACAGUUUAAUAUUCUUUCUAAAACCAUUUACUUUUGAACUCCGGUUGUAGCCAAUACAAUAAACAGAGGCCAGAAAAACUCAAGUAUUGUCAGAAUACUAAGUUUUAGAUAUGUAAAUAAAAUGGCACUGCUGUACAUAAAUGAUAA